AUGAGCAGAGCUCUUUUACGAGGGGCUGCAUGCCAGACUUGUCGGCAUGAAGUGCUGCGGUCCUUUGUUUCCGUCUCCGGCAUCCCAAUGCCACGAUCCUCUCCUCUUUCCUCCCGUUCGAUCUCCAACCCUAGAGCCUUCUCCGCUGUAACUUUGCUGCGAUCUGAUCGCCCUCCAACUUCGAAUCAGCUUGAUACUCUUCUAUCCGAAACAGAUGAGCCAUCACCACACUCGGAAGCAAAUGCGCCAGCUUCAUCACAGCAUGUCCCCUGGUAUCUGCAGGAAGGGGCGCCAAUCAUUAAAGAGCGCCCGUUGGCCGAAGCUCAUCUCCCUAAAAUUCCAGAAGGUUCACCGGAGAUGCUCUCGACUCUAUUGGAAUAUACGUAUAAGGACUUGGGCUUGGAUGGCCUCAAGCUUUUUGACCUGCGUGGCCUCGAAAUCCCUGCAGCUCUCGGUGCCAAUGUCAUCAUGAUCAUUGGAACUGCUCGCAGUGUGAAGCAUUUGAACGUGUCCGCGGAUCGUCUCUGUCGCUGGCUGAGAAGCCAAUACAAAUUGUCUCCCUACGCCGACGGCUUACUUGGACGCAACGAGUUGAAAAUUAAACUCCGCCGUAAAGCCAAGCGAGCGCGCGCUGCCAGUGCAGCAGGCACUAUGAUCGACGAAAAGGAUGAUGGAAUCACCACAGGAUGGAUCUGUGUAAAUGCGGGUAUGGUGGACAAAGGCGAUACUACGACUCAGUUGAGUGAUGUUGGAAUUGAGGGAUUUGGUAAUCUUGACCUUGGUACUAGUGUGGUUGUCCAGAUCUUCACCGAGGAGAAGCGGGCUGAUGUUGACCUUGACGGCCUCUGGGAGACUACUUUAGCCCGCGAAGGACGCAAGAACAUCCGGGACAGCACAGAGGAUUCAUCCAAGAAUGGUUCUGCACCCCCCAGGUCUAUGUCCGAUGGAUUUGGUUCCAUUCCUGGCCAAAGGAGAGGCUUUCAUACCAUGCGUAGACUCGCACUAUCUGCCAUGAACUCCACCGAGUCUGGGUUAGAAGCUGGUUUCCCGGCCAUGGGAACUUCGCCUUCCACCGUUCCAGCCGGCGCAGCAGCAGUUGCAUCUCAAUUGACACCAGCAUCUUUGCUUCAGAUUCUCGCUGAACUUCCAGCCGAUAGUGCACGAAAUGAGCUUGGAAGCGGCCCAAAUGAUCGCCAGUCCACUCUUUUUCUACGGCUCUUCUAUACCAACCACGCCGCGCGGUUCUCUCCACAGGAAAAAGCCACCUUUCGAUUGAAAUUGUUCUCCAUUGCUGUGUCUCGGCAACACCCAGCUUACACCAAGGAUGCACUUUUUAGCACAUUCUCUGAUUUUCUUCGCGACGGCGGGUGUUAUCACCGAGCAGUCUAA